CAAUGGCAAGAGCUCUAAAUUUGGUGGGAGAUCAUGCUCUCGUAAAUUAAAUCCUAGAUGUGCAUAGGAGAGUCAUAGAAGACACGGUAACAAAUUCGAAAUAGUCGGCGAAAAUGAAGGGCUAUAAUUUGUUCGUCGUACGUUCCAACUUCCAAUACGGUGAUGAUAAUGAAAAUCGAGCAUUGGAAGGAUCUGGUCUCUUUUGCGGCAAUCAAUCCAGAUUGUUCGUACCUUUGGGUUUCAAGGAUUAUUGAAGCUGUUGGAUGACAGCCAGCAAGGGAGGAAUGGGAAUUUCUUAUUCAUCCCAACAAACUACGAUCUACGAUUUCACCGUGAAGGACAACAAAGGCAAUGAUGUGAAUCUUGGUAUUUACAAAGGCAAGGUCUUGCUUGUUGUUAAUGUUGCUUCCCAUUGCAGUGGUUUUACAGACUCCAAUUACGCCCUAUUGACACAAUUGUACAAAGAAUUCAAGGAUAAGGGUCUUGAGAUAUUGGCCUUCCCUUGCAAUCAGUUCUUGAAUCAAGAGCCGGGGAGUAGCCAAGAGGCGGCACAAUAUGCUUGCACCCGAUUCCAGGCUGAGUUUCCCAUUUUUCAAAAGGUCAAGGUGAAUGGCAAAGACACGGCGCCACUCUUUAGCUUCCUUAAAUCAAGUAAACAUGGAAUCUGGGGGCCGAGCGUCAAGUGGAACUUCACCAAGUUUCUACUUAGCAAAGAGGGGCGUGUAAUCAAGCGCUAUAGCACCACUGUAACUUCACCUUCAGCAAUCGAGGGAGAUAUAAGAAAAGCUUUGGGUUUGGGAGAGGAUUGAAAGCAUUGCCAUUAAGACCAAAAGCUAACCAUAAUGGAAGCACUGCGCAGCAGAAGCUACAGGCGAUCGACCCUUGUCAAAAACUCGUGUAAUGUUUAUGUAAUGUAUUUACCUCAUAUUUAUAGUUAGAUUCUUCUGUAGCUUUGGCUGAUCAAUGGUACAAGCACUUGGUGCAACAUUCAUGGAGUUAGGUGUAAGUGUCCACACUUCUUUAUCUACAGAUUGUUGCACUUUUUCCACGUCUGAUACAAUAAUUUCCUUAUAGUGCACCAGCCAAGAAAAACACACACACACACACAUACGCACUAUUAGAACUCAAAAAAGAGAGAGAUCAUCAGAAAAAUCAUUACAGGGCAGAAGCCAACACAGAUCAAAAUCCAGACAUCCUUGAGGACAUCCCACCAUUGGAGCUUGACAUGACAUCAAGAUAAGAAGAUAAGAGGUCUGAUAUGCUUCUCUUUAGUUCAACAUAAUGGGCACACACCUCAGCACGUGGGAGUGGGACAAUGUGCACCCCCACCCCAAUUGCCAUUAAUUCAGCUUCAAGGUGGAAAGGGACACAAAGAAAUAAUUCCCAAGUGAAUGAAUGACUUGGAAACUAGGGUUAGUCAAUGAUGAGUGGCCAUCUUGUCUUGAUUUUAGGCUGUAGCUUCAAUUGCACGUGCCCACCCCUAAAUUGAUAGUUCCUUGUCAAUUCGUGGGGGCUGUGGCUGUGCCCAAUUUGGGGAUUCUGUGGUUGAAAGAUAUCAGCCAAUCAAGAAACUUCAUGUGACCUGUUGGUGUCUUGUAUGCCCUAAUUAUUGCAGUUCAAAUAAGUAAAGAGUUCUUGAUGUUGAAUAAACAU